GGAUAAGCAUCAUAAUUAGAUCUAACGUUCUACAGAGUAGUUCAAAGCUCACCAAACCCAAGACCAACCAUGAAGUGCUUCAUUGCCGCAGUCAUUUUGGCCAUGGCCGUCGUGUCGGAAGCCGGCAUUGUUCCGUGGGGAGCGUGGCCCCAUGCCGCUGCCAUUCCGGCCGCCGUUCCAGUUGCGUCGUGGCCCGCUGCCGGAUGGCCGUACGCUGGUGCUCCAUGGGCUCAUGCCGCCGCCCCAUGGGCUGGAGCGUGGCCGUACGCUGCCGCUGCUGCCCCGUGGGUUGCCCCUCAUGGACCAGCUGGUUCGGUUGCCCACCAUGCCGGAGUUGUUCCCGGAGCUACCUCGGUGACCGCCACCCGUGGUGCCGUCCACGUUGCCCCGCUGGCCGGACAUGCCGUGUCCCAACAGCAGCUGAACCUUGCCCCAGCCCCCGGAACCAUCUAAACUGAGCAAUGCUAGUCACAUCAAACCCUGAAAGGAUACUCAACCCCAUUGGCAAAAAACGCUGCUCCGAGGACGACUUGUGCAAUCGAACAGAACUCGAAAAACGACUACAAACAGUGAUAUACUCAUUAGAUUAGUAAGGCGCCCUGAACUGAGGGCUGAAUGCAUGAAAGCACCCUAAAGAGAUUCUUAUUUACAACUGAGCAAGAUUGAAAUAAAAGUGUAACUACAUUUUUAAAACAA